UCCCGUGCACUCUCUCAUCCCUCUCUUCUCUCUCUGUCGUGGCCUUCUUUCUUGGCGAGCGACGGCUGGGCGAGCGACGUCGCCCUUCGCCGGCGACGAGCACCCACCAGGCAGGCCUCUUCCCUUUCCGCGGUGCGAAAUCGGGCACCGCAGACCCUAAUCUUUCACCAGGAGGAGAUCAGGCCACGGUGGCAACAUGAUGAUGGGGACUCAACGAUGUUCUUCCAGAGUUCUAUCACUUCCGCGAGACGAGAGUGGUGAUGAGGAGCUCUCGGUGCUUCCCCGGCAUACCAAGGUUAUUGUCACUGGGAACAACCGAACAAAGUCUGUCUUGGUUGGCCUACAAGGCGUUGUCAAGAAGGUUGUUGGCCUUGGAGGCUGGCAUUGGUUGGUUCUAAACAAUGGUGUAGAGGUGAAGUUGCAGAGGAAUGCUUUGAGUGUCUUGGAAGCACCAACAGGCAACGAACAUGACGAUGAUAUCGAUGGCAACAAUUCAUUCUGCAGCAGCUCCGACAUGGGCGAGAAAGACAUGGAUUAUUCAUGCAUAGAAGACCACAAGCCAACAAAGGCAAGAGUUCGGCAUACAAAGCCAUGGUCCUCCUGCGCAAAGUUGAGCAACCGAGCCAAUUUUCAUUCGACUUCGAAGCUGAGAGCGAAAGUAAAUCUGACAAAGCUCGGAACACCCACACUGUGGAGAUACUGGAAGCACUUCAAUCUUGUAAGCAUGAACCCGAAUCCAUCAAAGGAGGAGCUCGUCCAUGGGGUACAGCAACAUUUCCAGUCACAGCAGCAAUUGGACGAGUUGCAAGUCAUCCUGGACUUCAUUCACACAACAAAGCGGUUGAAGAGCCUGUGCAACAGCUCCUAGCCUUGUCAGCUUGUCAUCUGCUGCACAGAUCCAUGCUUCUCAUCUCCCCCUCGAUGGUACAGAUCUCCAGAACAUAUGCAUGUGCUUGAUCAGUGCCUCAGUGGUCACUAAAAAAAGUCUUAGGAUAGCCUGAACACAAAGAAUUAUAGGUGAACUUAAUCUAUAAUUCUUUUUUCUUACUUGUACUGAUGAUGGAUUAUGCAAAACCCUUGUUGGUGGCA